ACCGCCUUCCCAUUUCCGCCCGGCCGGCAGCGCGGCAGGGUGAGUGCCAGCAGUGAGGGCUCGGUCCUCCCUCCGCCCGCCCGCGCCGGGGGCUGGCCUUGCCUCGCCGGCGCCUUUUUCCCCCGCACCGCGGCGCCGCUUCGCCACUCGGGCACCGCAGGUAGGGCAGGAGGCUGGGGCGCCUGCUGCCCGCCGCCCGUAAGAUGGUCACCUCGGCUGGACAGCUCGCCCUGUUCGCGCUUGGUAUUUUGUUGGCUGUGUGCCAGGCCCUGGAGAACACCACGUCCGCCCUGAGUGAGCCGCCCGUGGCCGCGGCUGUGGUGUCCCAUUUUAAUGACUGCCCGGAUUCCCACAGUCAGUUCUGCUUCCAUGGAACCUGCAGGUUUUUGGUGCAGGAAGACAAGCCAGCAUGUGUCUGCCAUUCUGGGUAUGUUGGUGCACGCUGUGAGCACGCAGACCUCCUGGCCGUCGUGGCCGCCAGCCAGAAGAAGCAGGCCAUCACCGCCUUGGUGGUGGUCUCUGUCGUUGCCCUGGCUGUCCUCAUCAUCGCAUGUGUGCUGAUACACUGCUGCCAGGUCCGAAAACACUGUGAGUGGUGCCGGGCCCUCAUCUGCCGGCACGAGAAGCCCAGUGCCCUCCUGAAGGGAAGGACCGCUUGCUGCCACUCAGAAACAGUGGUCUGAAGAGCCCAGAGGAGGAGUUAGGCCAGGUGGACUGUGGCAGCCUGAUGAAGAAAGGACUACUUCAGGACAGCACAACGAGGGAUGCCCGGGACACGCGGCAUGACUUCCUCCUAUGCCUGCAGUCACCUGUGCAGCCCUUUUGUCUUUUGUGGGCCUUCCUUCAAAACUCUGUCAAGAACUCUGUCUGCUUGGGGUUAUUUGGUGUGACCUAAAGAAGAAAUCAGUGGACCACGAUUUAAAGACUGGUCAAAAAAGAACUACAAAGGGGUGGACUACCUGUUUACCUAGAUAAGGUGUGUGCGUCAGUUGGCAUCUGAGCCCAGGUGUGUGUAGUUGUCUUCCGCCAGUCAACACUGCUGGGCUGUGUUUCUUUUUAAUGGGCCCAUCUCCCCACAACAAUAUGCAUCCUGCCCAACACCAGAGAGUCCUAUAGUUGUUACGGUUUUUUCUCAUCUGCUUAUUGAGGAAGGAGGUGGAGAAAGGUACCUAUUUAUUGUUACGUCAAGACGCCAAGGAUAAGAGGAGCUGUGUCUGUCUUCUGUCCACGAGACUCUCAGCCAGCCCGACAUCUUCCACAGACACACAAUGUUGAGGACCUUCCCAAGCCAUCACCCCCCUCGGAGAUAAUUUCUUAUUUAUUAGAUGGAUAAUGGUUUUAUUUUUAAUCUCUUAAGUCAAUGUAAAAAGCAUAAAACCCUUUCAGACUUCUACAUUAAUGAUGUAUGUCUUGCUGGCUGAAAAGUUACACGGAUGAGAAAUCUCUGGCCUGUUUGGAACAGCUAAGGCUUGGGAAAAGCCAUCCAGGGGGCGCAGAGAUGGAAGCAGAAGACGAGUUGCUGAUGGGAGCAAUGAUUGGGGUUCAGAGGGCGUGCCAUUUAACACACGAAGCAGGUAAAAGCCCCUGGAUACAUUCUGGUAGAAGAGUGAGCAAAUCCAGCAGCAGACAUUCAUCACCUCUGUCGGGGGAGAGAGGACGAGAGUGCCUGUGGGUGUCUACCCAGGAUAAGCACAAUCUUACUAGACUGCUCCGUGAUUAAACGUAUUAACUUCGUAGUGAGCCCUCCAAGAGGAUGUUUAGAAAUAGAGCAUUAGCAGAGAGCCACGGGCAUUUGGGGCCACAUCCAUGAAAGGGGGACCAGUCAUUUAUUUUCCAUGUUGUUGCUCGGUUGGUUUGUUUAUUUUCAAAAGGAGAAAUUUAACUUUCCUAUUUAUUUUCAAGAAUUAGAAGAAAUACUCCAGUGAUUUUUUUUUUUCUUUUCCAGUCAGGAUGCUGGUUUUAUUAACAAACACUCUAACAAGCCAUCUCCACCUUGUGGGUCUCGCUUUCUCCACAGAGAGAAGGAGAAAUUCUUCUCCUGGGCAUCUGGGUACAUUCUGACCCAUUGGGCUUGCCUGUGGGGAGCACUGGUUCCCUCCAGCUGAACAGCAGGGAACUCAUCCCUAGGAAUUUUCAUUAAAAUUUGGAAACAGAAUACAAUGAAAUAAUAUAUAAACUUCGUAUGUGAGGGAACUCUUUAUUCAUUAAUAUUUGAAAAAUGAAAGAUUUCUACCUGUUAAUUCUUCAGUGCAUCUAGCUCCUCAUGUCGUGAAAAGAACCUUUAAGAUAUGUCAAGUUGGCUUGAAAUUUCUAUCAGGUAAUUUUCUCCUCCCCUAACUCUUCUUCCCCAGUCUGUCUAUUUCAAUGAAUUUUCUCUAUAUUUCUUACAGUUGAGACAAUUAUAUGACCUGUGUCUUCACUUUGGCACCUUUAUUGAAUGAUGCUGCACCCCAAGUGCUAAGAGCAGAAAUGGGAUCUGUGCCCCAGCUGGCCUCUAAUGAUGUAAUUGACACAGCUCCCAAGUUUUAAUUAUAUAUAAAAAAAAUAGGUUUAAGUGUGCAUUCGUUGGAAUGUACUUAACCUUAACGUGCAUCUGCAGCAGCAGAUAUGUGGGCUGAGGCUUGACUGCAGCAUCUUGCUCAGAGACCAAUCCAGUUGACACUGGUGUGUAGACCUCCGUUUAUACUCACUUUUCUCCUCAGACUCUCCUGAAAGUCUGAGAUUCCAGUUUAGAGAGACUAAUGAAAGUGGAGUAGCCUCACUUGUAUUUAACUUGAUCAAAUUUUACGUUAGGACAAUCUUUCCUCAGUCUUGUAGAGACUGUUUGAGAUCUAAUUGCCUUUAAAGAGUAUGAACUGAUGUGAAAAUGUUUUGUGAGGCUUUUCUCACCUAGUGGAUGGAAGGAUCGGUGUCUAGUCUUUAGGCAUCCAAGAGCCUUUGCAGACGUGUGAGAAGAGGAGGAUGGAAGCAGAAGGAACCUUCUUGGUUCCCUUUGGGAACUUCAGAUUUAGUGUCUGUGAGUGCUCUGGUCCUCAGGUCUUCAAGUCACAGCUGCCGGUGCACCCUUCCUUGUGCCUGUACAACCAUGCAGUGAACAGGCUCAAAUGUGUGCCUCCCUAUGAGUGCCUCUAAAGUCAGUCCUCUGUAAAUCAGCAGGUCUGAAAAGAGUUGGAAGCAGAGGCUGGGGUCCCAGCAGGGCUGGGUGGACCUUUGUCCAUGUCCCAGGAUAUGAGAGCCUUGCUUCUUUGGUGAUUUCUCUUUUAGAAAUCAGAUGGCCAACAAGCAUUGGAUUCUUGUGCCAUUUCAUGGCAUUGGUACUUCUUGGGUUGGCUGUAAAAAUGCCCCCCUUUCAGGUUAAAAAUGCAUCUUCUCAUCUAUCUCUGCAAGUUCCCUUGCUCUUUAGAAAGCUGUGUUCAUUAUGAUGAGGGAAUCAUUCACAAGGCCCAGCCUGCUAAGCAGCCACACACCUGGGAGUGGGGAAUGCAGCUGCUUCCGAUGUCUGUCUCAGGAGAAGUGAAAAGCCCCACUUAAAAAAAAAGGGAGGAGGUGCUUCUAAAUCUUUUAUGGAUCCUGGAUUCUCCCACUGCUCUACAGGCUGUGACUUCCUUAAGCAUACUGGCGGGAAACAUUUUCUUCUAGAUGGAAAGAUAUACAGCAGCUAAUCCUGAUCUGGAAGACACAUCUGGACACCUGUAGAACCAAGCAAGAUAUGAGCUUGCCAUUGUGUUCCAGCAGAGGAGGUGGGCAGAAUGUCCCCAGAGUCUAUUUUCUUAAGCAAGGAGAAGGAGGUGGGAUUGACACUCCCCCGCCCACAUAGGUGAGGGAGGAGAAGGUGUGGUUCUAGAGCUUCCUGGGAGACUGUUCUCUGCAGGUGGAGAAAAGCAUCUGGCAUCUUCAGCCAGGUUUUCCAGGGCCAGGUUGUCUCAGUGCACAUGGGCCACUGGUUGCUUUUCCAGGCAAUUUUGGCGGGAAUGAAUCAACGAGGCUCCAACACUGCUUAGGAGACCCUGACCCCUUAGUAGGGUCUGGGCUCUGAUUUCUCCCAGCCUGCUCAGCCAAGGAGGAGAGGAUGAUUCAAAAGCCCAAGACCAGGGGGGCUAUCACAGAAACAGAUGAACACAUACGUUUGUUCUUAAUGUUCUAACGUAAGACCUGUUCUCUCUAGCCACUGAUUUUACCAGGCUUUCUGAAAGAUCCUAAUGGUAAACACACAACACACAGAGUACUGAAAAACAACCCAUCUUCCUAGUGUAAUAACUUACUGAAGUGUUCAACUUUUCGUUAUCUUUAUUAUAACAAACCUGAUGCUUUUUUUUUUAGAACUUGUUACUCUGACUUCUGUAUAUGUUGCACUGAAAAGGUUAAUAUUUAAUGUUUUAAUUUAUUUUGUGUGGUAAGUUAAUUUUGAUUUCUGUAAUGCGUUAAUGUGAUUAGCAGUUCUUUUUCUUAAUAUCUGAAUUAUACUUAUUUAAAGAGUAGUGAGCAAUAUAAAAUGCAGUUGCAUUUUCCAGUAACGUGCAUUGUUGUUCAAUUGUACUGUACCUUGUUUGGAAGGAUGAAGGAAUGAACUCUUUUUUUUUCCUAAAUUGAGACUAGAGCUUUUCUUUCAUGAGAUUGGGAUAUUGCUGAAGCAAAUUACAGUUUUUCUCUGCAAAUGUGAAUGAUGAGGAAAAAUUAGAUGCUCUUUUUCAAAAUGUGGGAAUCCUAAAAUUAACCACAGUUGAUCCCUGUCUACGUGAAGAAACCAAAUUCUCUGAAGUUCUCAGUGUAUAAGUAUUUCAUCUACUGUGUCUCCGACAAUGUGCUAACUGAUGUGAAGGAAAAUAUAAAACACACAAUCCCUGCCCCAAAGGAAUUGAGAUCUGGCUGGGAAGACUGACUGCAGAAAACAAUUCUAGACAAAAUACAAAUAA